AUGAGCGGGAAGUGGUCGAAGCGACGGCCGGACGGUGCUGUGAGCUCCACCUGGUUUCUGAUGGCAUAUCUGGACGUAAGGACGGGCGCCCUGCGGCAGAUGGAGUGGUGGCCCGCGGACAGGCUCCGCGCGCUGGGCGUGCCGGUCGACGCGUGGGGCCCGGAGCUGGCGGGCCUCGCGGGCGCGGCCGGCGAGGCCCCCGGCGAGAGGCCGCCCGCCGCCGUCGCCGUGGGCUACAUCCUCGCCCGCCACGGCAUUGACACGAACCAGUUUGGUCGCGGAGUCGCCCGCACGCUCGACGACCUGACCGAGGAGAUCCGCACCGGGGCCUCUCGGCUGAUGCUGGACGCCAGCGCGCACAAGAAGCUGGUGCGCGUGGUGGACCUCGUGCUGCUGCGGGUGGCCGUCGGCACAGGCGACGAUGCCGACGAGCUGGUGCUGGUGGAGCUUGGCAAGGAGUACUCGGACGGCCGCGCCGCGGCCGGGCUCGAGCGGCUGCCCGCCACGAAGCGGGAGCCGCACGAGAGCACCAAGAGGGUGGUCGACCGCAUGCUGGCCCAGAUCUUCGGGCAGGGCAGGGGCGCAGUACGCUACAGCCUCCAGGACUCGGACGUGUUCGAGACGGAGGACGACUCCGCCUCGUAUCCAGGCGUGAGAACAGUGUACCGCAAGGAGCUCGUGAAGGCCCGGAGGCCCGACCCGCUGCGGGUGGGCAGCCGCGUCUUCAUCUACGGCCUGACCUCCCCGGCCGGCAGGAGCAUGAAUUUCCGAGCCGGCAGGGUGGCGAGCGCUGCGUCCCCGGGCGACCGCAGCCUCUUCCUCUGCCUGCAGACGCUGCACCACUCCCGGGAGAUGCGGGUGGCGCGCCCAGCGCUGGGCAGGGCGCUCCACGACGACUGUGGCCUGCUGCUCCUGGUGUGGGACGAGAACUGGUGCUUCAGCCACCCCGAGAGGCCCCUGGCGCUGAGCACCACGCCCGCCGCGCUGCCGAGGCUGGACUCGGCCUCCGCCGACAUGGGGCUCGGGCGGGUGCUGUUCGCGGGGGGCUGCGGGCAGCACCCGCGGCGGUGCACCCGGGUCGAGGACUUCUUCAAGUCGGCCGAGGUGUACGACUCGCUGACCAACGAGUGGUCGCCCAUUGCAGACAUGCCCACGCGGCGGCACGGGGCGUCCGCCUGCCUGCUGGGGGCACGGGUGUACGUGCUGGGGGGUGCUUAUGUCGACGAAAGAGACGCCGACGAGGGCGCCAAAUUCUGCGACGUCUUGGACACAGAGACGAUGGAGUGGUCUUCAAUCCCUCCGUCGCACUACUCUCACGUCGUGCCCCUGUCUAUUUUCCAGCGAGGCGCUGCCUUCUUCGGGUCCAGCGCGAUCGGCGGUCGCCUCGUGGUCCUCCUGGAGAACGUUACCCUAGCAUACAACCCCUCCACCGACGACGGUUGGCGCAGGGUCGAAGCCGAGGGCAGCGUUGCAGUUGGGCAUUCCUCGUGCGCCUGCGCGUAUGAGGGCGAGUUGCUUGUGGCCUCUGGCAGGCCCGAGAGAUUUUCGAGGAGUGUCGCGGCGUUUUCGUUCACGAAGCCGGCCUGCGACAAGGACUGGUGGUGCGGACGAUGGAGACAGUUGCCCGACCUCAACAAGGCCAGAGUAGGUGGUGCUAUGGCCGUGGUGCACGGCAGGCUUUACAUCACAGGAGGUGUCGACGAGGAUACUGGCGUGUUUUGCGACUGUGCCGAGAGGCUCGAGAAAGAUCGGUGGGCGCCAGUGCCGUGGUUCAGGCUCACCUCGUCGGUGCAGAUGGCCAUCCGCUCGAGUGCGUCGGUGGAGCUGGCCGUGGGCGCUGCUCCUACGUGGAUCUGCAGGGCAGCACGCACCACCUGUGCUGGCUCACCACGGCCGAGUGCGCGAGCAGGGGCAUCCUGCAGACGGCGCCGGAGGAGGCGGAGGGCUUCAGCGGCCUGGUGCCGGCGCCCAUGGGGCUCGACGAGGAGGAGCUCGUGGCCUACCUGCGGUCGAACAGCGUGGACACGUCGGGCUUCGGCAG